AUGCUCACACAUGAUGAUUAUACUGUGGCAUGGAUCGCCCCACUAGAAGUGGAGUUGAUCGCUGCGAGGCUGAUGCUGGAUACAAAACACGAGAAACUGCCACAGUCGCCCGUUGAUCAUAAUGUAUAUGCGCUGGGCAGUAUCCAUGGCCACAACAUCGUGAUUGCUAGCCUGCCCACGACAGGCAACACUUCCGCAGCUACGGUCGUCACACAACUGCGGAACACCUUUAAGCAGAUUCGAUUCGGAUUGUUGGUUGGCAUUGGAGGCGGCGUACCGACCCGAACGGAUAACGGACCGGUACAUCUCGGGGACGUGAUAGUCAACAAGCCGGAGCGGAACCACUCUGGCGCAAUCCAGUACGAUCACGGCAAGGCUUUGGAAGGCCACUUUCGUCGUACUGGGUACCUGGUUCCCCCGCCUACCGUUCUCCUCAACGCUGCGCAGGAUCUAUCGACAGAGCAAGCCAUCACAGAGGACGAUCUAGUUGCGCCCCAUCUCCAAAAGAUCAAUACCAGGUUACCAGCGCUUCGGAGAUACAGAUAUCCAGGCCCAGACCGGGAUCAUUUGUACAAGUCCGACUAUCCUCACCGUACUGAAGGAUCUUCAUGUCAUUCCUGUGCGUGCGAUCCGUUACAAAGGGUCGACCGUAAUGCAAAUGAAAGUCAGAAUGAUGAGAUCUACUACGAUCGCAGCUCACGGAUUGUGGUUCAUCGAGGAACAAUUGCGGCAGGCGAGAGAGUGAUCAAGGAUGGUCGGCUGAGGGAUGAGUUGGCCAAUGCACACGGCGCUCUUUGCUUUGAGAUGGAGGCUGCGGGGGUGAUGAACGACUUUCCUUGUCUUGUUAUCCGCGGCAUUUCAGACUAUGCCGACUCCCAUAAGAAUGAUGGCUGGCACGGCUACGCAUCGGCAACCGCUGCGGCAUACGCAAGACAGCUGUUCUUCCAUAUGCCCGUUGACGAAGUGAAGCAAUGUGCUGUGGGACUCGCAAGUACUUAG